UUGGUAAACAUAAUUUUAUCAUGGAGCGAUUUAAAUUAAGGCCAGUUUUUACUUUACAUUUGGGUUAUAAGAUUAUUCCAGGUUUGGUUACUAUUGGUAAAUAUGAUGGAACCCAUCCAUGUCUUACUGCAGCUACGAACACCGAUAAGGUUGUUAUACACAGUCCUCACCGUAGAAAUCCUUCUACAAUUGGUAAAGUGAUUUGGUCUGAAUCAAAUAAAGAAAUUGCCUUGCUUAACAUUAAUCAAACCAUAACGGUUUUGGAAGCAGGAAGUCUAAUUCCUGGCGAUGACAAGGAUCUUUUAAUAAUAGGAACAGCUACGAAUCUUUUGAUCUAUCACGUGCACGAUAACAAAGACAUCUUCUACAUGGAGUUAGAAGAUGGUGUUAGAUCAGCUACUGUCGGGACAUUAAAGAAUUUAAAAACACCAAUAGUUUUAAUUGGUGGUAAUUCUUCAAUAAAGGGUUUUAAUCACAUGGGAGAAGAAAUUUUUUGGAUUGCCAUUGGAGACGUGGUUACUUCAAUAAUUAUUAUGGAUUGUGAAAACAAUAAUCAACUUAUUGCAAGUUCGGAGGAUUUUAAAAUACGCGUUCUUAGUGGUGAAGAGACUAUAAUGGAAUAUAAUGAAAGUGAAGUUGUUUCCGGUUUGAUCCCUUUAGUAGACCAGAAAUUUGGGUAUUCAGUAUCAAAUGGUACUCUUGGAGUUUAUCAAAAAGAUUCCAGAUUGUGGAGAGUCAAGUCAAAGAACUUUGCUAUUUCUAUGCAUCAAUACGAUCUGUUGGGUCAACCAAGUCCUCAACUAAUGACCGGCUGGUCCAAUGGUAAAAUCGACUGUAGAUCUUUAAAUACAGGAGAAGUGCUAUUUAAAGAUUCCAUGUCUUCAAGUAUAGCUGGAAUUACUGAGGGAGAUUACAGGUCUUCUGGUAAAAAUGAUUUAAUAUGCGUUUCUACAGAAGGCGAAGUUAGAGGCUACACAACAACAAAAAUGAUAACGAAUGGUGAAAAUGGUGUAGAACAAGAGGCGAUAAGAGAGCUAUUAAGUCGAAAGCAAGGUCUACUAAUGGAACUGAAACAUUAUGAACAUAAUGCUAAAUAUAAUACUAAUGUGGCAAAUGAGACAGAGAGUUAUGAAGCUAGCGGAGUAAUUUCAUCAAACACCAGGAUGCAGAUUGUGGUUAGUACAAAUUUGGGUGAAAAUGGACAAAAACCUCAUGUGGAACUGUACGUCUGCAUGAAUAAUACAACAAUAAUACGGGCAGUUAUCAUAUUUGCAGAGGGAAUAUUUAAAGGAGAAAGUUAUGUUGUUCACCCAGAAACAUCGAGACUAAAGUCUGAUAUGUAUAUACCCUUAUUUCUACCCAGAGAUAAUGCAGUAGACAUUCAUUUAAAGAUAAGUAAAGCUUUAGUAGGAUAUCCUAACAGUAUCCAAUUUCAUGUUUUUGAAAUUACUAAGCAAUUACCUCCAUUCUCUAUGUAUGCUUUAAAAGAUUGUUCUUCUGUAAACACCAAACCUGAAGGCUUCGUCCAAUUUAAAAUUACAGAACGUCUACAACGGAUUUGCAUGUGGAUUAAUCAAAAUUUUAUUUUUCCCAAUGACCUGGAAUUCGAUUCAGGGCCAAAUUUAACAGUAAAUAUUCAGUCCUUACGAGACAAUACCGAACUAGUCAUGGUUUUUGAAAUAUCUGGAAAAACCACAUUUUUCACUAACAAUAUGUUUUUAGCGGCAGAUUUAAUACAAUCACUAUCUGGAUACUUAAAACUGGAAAAUCUGCAAUCGAAAGCAUCAUUUCCUCGGGAUGAGGCAAAUUUGAAAAAUUUAAUGUUAACUUUAAGCGAAAUUCAAGAAGCUCGAUUAAAACUAGGUACUGAUGUCGCAGAUCGAUUGGCUGAAAUAAGACACUUGAUCAUUCAAGCUGAGGAUAGCAGGCUUAACGAUAUAAAAGGCAUGAAAAUGCAUUAUAAUGCUCUUAGUGGCUUAAACAAAGAUCUGAUUAGCGGCUAUAAUAUCAAAGUUCAAAAUUACAAUGAGGGCAUUGAGGCGAUGAAGAAAAUUAACGGAAUAAUCCAAAAAGCAUCCAGAUUGAGAGUUGGUCAAAAUUCAACCAUUAUGAUCAACCAUUGUCGAAAUGCGAUAAAGAAUAAUAACAUAGAAGGACUUAUUAAGAUUAUUCGUACGGGAGAACAAUAAUAAAAUAUUUCUUUUACACAUUUUUUAUAUACAUAUAAUAGAAGCCUUCUGAGAACUUUUGUUUAUAUUAGAAUAAGACCUAUUGCAUUCUUAUUAUACAUUAAAAAAUACUCAUUAUGCUGUGACAUAAGAUGAUAAAUCUAAGUUUAUACAUAUUUUAACAUUGGCUGCAACACAUAAGAAAUUAUUAACCAGAGAAUUUUGUAAUGCAUAUUUAAAAGUAAGGGACAUAUAUUAUGAGUAUGUCUGAAAACUAUUGCUAGAUCUCUUCUACGUUAAUUAACCCUACCGUGAUUCUUGCGAAACAAGGCAA